AUGUUUUCAUGUUUAUCAGAAUUCCUAGGUGAUAAUGAUGUGGAUAUUAAUAUGAUAAAAGAAAUUAUAACUGCUCAUCUAAGAAGUUUACAAACAAACUUUAAUGCACGGUUUGAAGAUUUCCCAGAAGAAAGUCUAGGUUGGAUAAGAAAUCCAUUUCAUUUUAAUAUCAAUGAAAUAAAAUUAGGAAAUUUAAAAAUAAGCGAAGAACUAAUUGACUCAUCAUCAGAUGAAAAUCUACGUAUCAGAUUUCAAGAAAAUGCAUGUGAUACAUUUUGGAUUUCCAUCAAAUUUGAAUAUCCAGAAUUAUCAAAACAAGCCAUAUCAAUUUUACUUCCUUUUGCAUCAACUUAUUUAUGCGAAACAGCAUUUUCAACACUAACGAUAAUUAAAAACAAAUAUCGCUCCAGAUUAAAUGUUGAAGCUGAUUUAAGAAUAGCAGUGUCAAAUAUCAAACCAAACAUAGAAUCAAUCAUGUCUACAAUGCAAGCUCAGGUCUCUCAUUAAAAUAAUUAAAUAGUAAUUUUAUAAUUUUAAAAAUAUUAAAAUUUUGAUUAUCAUUAUAAUAAUACAUUUUUUAAUUUUAGAUUUUAUAAAACUCUAA